CGCUGGGUGACUGCGCAGCUGCCAUGUUGGUUGCUAUGCUGCUGCCUGUCUGAAGGCAGGCUGGAGGAGAGGAAGGAGGGAGGCAGGCUCUCGGGUGGAGGAGGGGGAGGAAGACGGAGGAGGUGGCGGCGGCGGCGGCAGCUGCUGCUCGUUCUCGGCCCCCCGCCUAGUGCAGGCAGGCAGAGCCCCGGUGUUUAGCUACCGCCUCUCCCCCCCAGCCUCGGCCCCCCGGCUGCAGGAGAAGGAAGAGAGGGGGAAGCCUCCUUUCGGGGUGGGAGGGAGGAAAAGGUCCGGGGGUGCCUUCCCCUCAGGCAGAGAGGGGUGACUGCUGAGACCCCUCCCCCCUCUCCCCCUCCCUCUAUUGGAGGGGGUGCCCAGUGGGUGGGGAGGGGGGGAGGCUGCAUUGCCUUCCCCCCAUCCUCCACCUGCUCACCCACCCACCCUUGCCUUUCUGUCUGCGGCAGGAAUGUGGGGGGGCUUUGAGUUGAGAGGGGGGCGCUCACUGCAACGGUUGCUGGAGACCCCCAUCCUAUUCGCUUGCUGCUGCUGCUGCUGCUCCUCGCGGGGUGCAAGAACUCGACUGAACUGAGCCUUUUCUGCGGGUUAAAUUGAGCCUUUUGUGUGUGAGGUGUGUGUGUUGGGGGGCAAGACCCCCUUCCCACCUCCACUUUACCUUUUGGCUUCCCUUUUCUGGGUUGCUCCCUUGCUCCAUUAUCAUCCUCUGGAAGGACGUGGCUGUUAUAUGAAGACGUUGUGUGGACAGUAAUGACCGCACGUUUCCGAUUGCCUGCUGGCAGAACCUACAAUGUACGAGCAUCUGAGCUGGCACGAGACAGACAGCAUACAGAGGUGGUCUGCAAUAUUCUUCUUCUGGACAAUACUGUACAAGCUUUUAGAGUUAACAAACAUGAUCAGGGACAAGUUCUGCUGAAUAUAGUUUUCAAGCAUCUUGAUCUGACUGAAAGAGACUAUUUUGGUUUACAAUUGGCUGAUGAUUCUACUGAUAACCCGAGGUGGCUGGAUCCAAACAAGCCAAUCAGGAAGCAGUUAAAGAGAGGAUCUCCUCACAGCUUGAACUUCAGAGUCAAAUUUUUUGUAAGCGAUCCUAAUAAGCUUCAAGAAGAAUACACACGGUACCAAUAUUUUUUGCAAAUUAAACAAGACAUUCUUACUGGAAGAUUGCUCUGCCCUUAUAAUACUGCUGCACUCUUGGCUUCCUAUGCUGUUCAGUCUGAACUGGGAGACUACAACCUUUCAGAGAACUUCCCAGGCUACCUCUCAGACUAUUCCUUUAUCCCCGGCCAGCCUCAAGAGUUUGAAAAAGAAGUGUCCAAACUACAUCAGCAGCAUAUAGGUCUGUCUCCUGCUGAAGCAGAAUUUAGUUAUCUCAGCACAGCCCGGACCUUAGAACUCUAUGGAGUUGAAUUGCACUAUGCAAGGGAUCAAAGUAACAAUGAAAUUAUGAUUGGAGUAAUGUCGGGAGGAAUAAUAAUUUAUAAGAACAGGGUACGAAUUAACACCUUUCCAUGGUUGAAGAUUGUUAAAAUUUCUUUUAAGUGCAAGCAGUUUUUUAUUCAGCUUAGAAAAGAAUUGCAUGAAUCUAGAGAAACGUUACUAGGAUUCAACAUGGUGAAUUAUCGAGCGUGUAAAAAUUUAUGGAAAGCUUGUGUAGAACACCACACUUUUUUCCGGCUAGACAGACCACUGCCCCCUCAGAAGAACUUUUUUGCACACUACUUUACUUUGGGUUCAAAGUACCGGUACUGGUAAGUUUGGGCCAUAUUGGGAAGAACAGAAGUCCAGUCUGUACAGUAUGGUAAAGAAAAGGCAAAUAAGGACAGGGUAUUUGCCAGAUCCCCAAGUAAACCUCUGGCUCGCAGAUUGAUAAGCGGGAUGGACUGGGAGGUUGUCAGCAGGAAUUCAGUGUCUGAUGACAGGUUAGAAACUCAAAGUUUACCAUCCCGCUCUCCACCUGGAACCCCUAAUCAUCGCAACUCUGCAUUUACUCAAGAGGGAAACCGUUUACGGCCAUCUUCAGUUGGGCAUCUAGUAGACCAUGUGGUUCAUCCUUCACCAAGUGAGGUUUUUGCAAAUCACCGAUCUCCUUCUUCCACCCAAGCCAACAGUAUCAUUCUGGAAUCAUCACCAUCUCAAGAGACCGCUGUAGAUGGGCAACCACCUGCACUGCCACCUAAACAAUCUAAAAAGAAUAGUUGGAACCAAAUUCAUUAUUCACUUUCUCAGCAAGAAUUGGAUAACCAUAUCAAUGAAACGUAUGAUGAUGAUUCUUCUUCAUCGCCUGAAAAAUCUACACCCAAUGGUGGGAUUCCCCAUGACAAUCUCGUUCUGAUCAGAAUGAGACCAGAUGAAAAUGGAAGAUUUGGUUUCAAUGUAAAGGGUGGAUAUGAUCAGAAGAUGCCUGUCAUAGUGUCCAGAGUGGCUCCAGGAACACCUGCAGAUGUUUGUGUUCCUCGUUUGAAUGAAGGAGAUCAGGUUGUACUGAUCAAUGGCAGGGAUAUAUCGGAACAUACCCAUGAUCAAGUUGUUAUGUUUAUUAAAGCUAGCUGUGAGCGGCACUCAGGGGAGCUUGUGCUCCUAGUUCGACCCAAUGCUGUUUAUGAUGUGGUAGAAGAAAAGCUGGAGAGUGAGCCAGACUUUCAGUACAUCCCUGAGAAGUCCCCACUAGAUGGUGCCCACCAGGAUGAUAUUGCUCUGAGGGAAUCCAUGUUUCAGCUGGCAGAGGGGCUUAUCACGGGAACUGUCCUGGCUCAGUUUGAUCAACUUUACAGGAAGAAGCCUGGGAUGACAAUGUCUUGUGCCAAAUUACCUCAAAACAUUUCCAAAAAUAGAUACAGAGACAUUUCGCCUUAUGAUGCUACACGGGUUAUUUUAAAGAGUAAUGAUGAUUACAUCAAUGCAAAUUAUAUAAAUAUGGAAAUCCCUUCUUCCAGUAUAAUAAAUAAAUACAUUGCUUGCCAAGGUCCUUUACCAAACACUUGCCCUGAUUUUUGGCAGAUGAUUUGGGAACAAGGCUCAUCUAUGGUUGUAAUGCUAACUACUCAAGUGGAACGGGGAAGAGUGAAAUGCCAUCAGUACUGGCCAGAGCCCACCGGAAGCUCCUUGUAUGGGAAUUUUCAGAUCACUUGUCAUUCAGAAGAAGGAAAUCCUGCCUAUGUCUUCAGAGAGAUGACAAUGUCUCAUCUGGAGAAAAAUGAGGACCGUCAGCUUACUCAAAUCCAGUACAUAGCAUGGCCUGAUCAUGGGGUUCCUGAUGAUUCCAGUGACUUCCUGGAUUUUGUGUGUCUCAUCAGGAAAAAAAGAGCUGGCAGAGAAGAGCCAGUUGUUGUUCACUGCAGUGCCGGGAUUGGACGAACAGGAGUUCUUAUCACUAUGGAAACAGCUAUGUGUCUCAUUGAGUGCAAUCAGCCUGUUUUUCCCUUGGAUAUUGUGAGAACUAUGAGAGAUCAAAGGGCCAUGAUGAUCCAAACUCCUAGUCAAUACAGAUUCGUUUGUGAGGCUAUUUUGAAAGUGUAUGAAGAAGAACUUGUUAGACCUUUAACGACUUCGCUGCAUUAAUAGAAAACAAAAGAUACCUUUCAGAAGAAUCCAUACAAGACACUGGUGUGCCAUAACAUUACUUGCAAGAAAUGGUGUCUGAAAACAAUGAAGAAAUGAAAAGGACAUGGAAAAAACUUCAGCACUAUUGCACUUUAUGUUGAAACUGAAAAUUGGUCUCUAAAACACUAUGAUUUUUCUGUGUUGGAAGACUCUUUCUUCAUGCUUUGCUUCGAACAAACCAGACUUAAGGAACUCCAUGACUUUCCAGACAUCAUUGUGGUGCCAUACAGUCCCUUUUUGUUUGAACUGCUACAAAAAAAAAAAAGGCUUGGAACACUUUUCACUCUUUGGUUGACACCUAUGUCUUUUUAAAGCAACAACAAUACACACAAAGCCAUUUCUUCCAAUGCUAAAUUUUGCUGUGUUAAGAUCCUUGCUGUUUUGUUUUGUUUUUUAUUUUGGUGAAACAUUAGCAAUAUUACUACUACUAGACACUGCCUACUGAAGCAGCACAUUUUGCCCAAUGUCGUUCUAAGGAUCUAACCUGAUUAAUAGUGGAAAGCUACAUUUUCGUCUAACUCGGCAGUAGCUGCAUAAAGGCCCGUUUAACCAGCAUCUUAUUUAGGGUGGGAUAGGAGGGGCAUUUAUUUUUGACCUGGUAGCUCUGUUUCUCAGCAUGUCACAACAUUGGUGUGUUUUGUAACAUCUGACGACAUUACCUAAUGGGAAUGAAUGCAUGUGUUUUGUCUUAACCCCUUAAGUGCCUUGAGACUUACAGUGUAUGUCUUUAAUGGCAAGGCACUUGUAUUGGCCCUAAAGGGGGAAGUAUCAUCAUUGUAACAUUUACUUUAGCAGGUUCACACUUUAAAGCAUGGCCCUUGGUGCUUAGAAUAUGGUACUUAGAAUACGAUAGGGGGUCACAGAAAUACCAUUCCUUCUCUUUCUACAAGUACCUGCAUGCUACUAUGGGUAGCAAGAGCACCCCAGCCUAUUAAAUAAGUAAUAAUUGUUUACUGCUAUGAAUUGAAGUGGGAAAUCUGACACAUUCCUUUCAACUGGUAAAAUAUUUGCAACAUCAAAUGUAAAGCCAGUAGAUAGUUUUAGAAUUUAUUUCUUUUAGCCUUCCACUGAGAAAAAAAAGCUUUGUAAUUGAGUAUGCUAUACCUUUUUGAUAGUUCUGAUAACUGUUUUAAAACUUCAAGGUAAGCUUUCCCCAUGACCUGCUUGCCAGUUACAUUUCCUGAGUCCACAUUUGUGCUUUCUUGAGUCAUGUUUGUGCUAUACUGUGUUAUGACAAGACAAAAGGGGAGGAAGGUGCAUAAAAUGCCAUCAGCUUGUUCCCAAAACAUUUAUGCUUUCCAUAUGUUCUUUGGGAUCUCUGUGUACUUUUGUGCUUUUUAAUUUGUGUGCCUCUUUUUUUGAGGUCAUUAGCAUGUAUGCAGUUGGAGGCACUUAAUUGAUACAGAAUCUGAACUCAUUCUAGGGUCAUGUAAAGGUUUUUGUCUCCUUUUUAUUAAAGAAGAAGAAGAAGAAGAAGAAGAAGAUCUGAGACAGCUUCUUGCACAAUAUGCAUUUAGGAUUCAGUUGUUUCUUUAUGAAAACCUACACUGCCCUGUAUUAAAGAGGUUUGAAUAAUUACUGAAUUUUUUAAAAAGCAGAAUAUGCAGACUAUGGAUGACAAUAUGAGGUUUGUCUUUUCUUUUUAAAAAAAACAAACACACACACAUUUAUUCUCCUCUAUAUGUACUGGAAGGGGCUGCAAAUCUGCUGUAUAAAGUUUGUACCCAAUGCCCUGAAAUUGGUGGUGCAAUGUUGUAGCAGCUCUUCAUCAUGAUACCAAAUGAAAGAGAAACUUUAUUUUUUUCAAAAAAAAAAAAAAAAAAACCUCAUCUGCUGGCCUGUUUAUUUAUUUUCAAAGCAAAUCCAGUAGUCUCCAUUUCUGGUUUUGAAAUUAUUGCAUUAUUAUCCUUUUAAUAUAACUUCUUGAGUCAGUGUAGAAAUGAAUGCUAGUGUCAAUUCCUUUCACCCAAACUGUAGUUUCAGUAGGAUGAGGUGUAAUGGGCUUCUUUUUAAAACACACACACACACCCCUCAGUCUCUAACUGAGCAUUUGUCCAGGGUGUAGGAAUACACUUUUGUCUGCUUUCACAAAUUGGAAUGAGUGCUUGAUAAACUGCUACUUUUGACAGCUUUGAAAUUGAAGCGGGAUAGUGGGUUCAAAUGUUCUACAUCAAUUGAUAAUUGAAGGAUCCAGUGGCUUUUAAUAGUUUGUUUCUGUUCAACACAAAAUGAAAGGCUGAAAUGCAUUUUUAAACUAUGUUUCAAACAGUUUCAGAUUACCCAGCACAAUGUGAGUAACUGCUAACGAUAUUGCAUUGCACUCUAAACCAUCCUUAGAUGUUAGUGCAAGCAAUGUAAAAUCCUUUUUAUAGAAAGCCUCCAGUAGUUCUACCAACCAGUCAGGUGGCAAAUAGGAAUAUAAAUAAUGCUAUAUACUGCAUAUUAUAUUCUAUUUUGAACCACUUACUUCAAAAAUGGUUUAAUACCUAGAGAAGGCUUUCCUGCUUUUAAUUGGGAAAUUGUUCUGUGCCAUAGUGUUGGUUAUUUGCAGGACUAAUUUAAGCAUUUGUAGCACAUUAAAGUAAAUACUAAAUUACUGCAUCCAUUCUAGUGAAACAUGUGUUACUAUUGCCAAUGUAUGUUACUGUUGCCAACAUAUAAAUGAAAACAGCAUUGCCCAUUUUAUAAACUUAUACAAGGGAAAUUACUAGAGAGUUGUAUAUCAUUGAUAUUUUAAAUACGCUGAUUUUCUUAUGUGAGGUUGCCAAAGCAAUUUGAAUCCAUGAGAAACAUUUAUACCACAAUGUAUAGUUUUGUUGGCAUAUAUUUUUGGUACUUAGGAUGUUGAUCUGACAUAUAGGCAGAAACAUUAGCUGCCUUCAGGCCUCCAUCUCCCCUGAUAUAAGCUGGUUUAGGGCUUGCUGGUUAGUGGCAAUGAAGAAAUAUGGAAAGAGAUUAGUUUGGUAGGGUAAGCAGCAGAUCAAAAAGCCACAGGAAUUUCCCUCAAAUGCACACAUAGUAAAGAAAGGAUAACAAAUUAAAGCAUCAUCAUGCCAUAAAAGUGGAUCUUCACAACAUGCAUCUUCCCAUAGUGGUAUAAAUAGCCUUUUACAAGUAUUUUUAUAUGGCCUAAAAGUUAAUACUGUUCAUUGCUUUGCAUUGGGUUAUGAAGAUCUGUAUCAAGCUAAAAAGAAAAGGGAAAAAAUAUUUUUUGUAUGUUUUUUCAUUCUGUACAAAACAUGAAUGUAUGUUUCAGGAAUAAUGACAUAUAAAAUGAUGGGUGUUAUGGAUGUUGGAUUUUAUGAAUAAUUAUUUUCUUACUAUUUGCUAAAAAAAGAUGGGAGAGAAAAGAAUCAUAUGUAACACUUCCUGUUGUUAUCGUUGUUGUUGUUGUUUUAAUUCAGGUUGUUUUAAUUGUAAAUAAGAGCCAUAGGGAAAUGGUUUAGUGCCAAUGUAUGUUUCCGAUGUAUGUUUUUUGUGUUUUUGUUUUUUAUCUUAAGGACUGAAAACUAUGAUUAUUUAAAGUACUUUUGAAGGUUUCUAAUGCAGAAAUCUAGGACUCUUGAGAAACUUCUUAAAAUUGCUUUUUUGCCUUUUUAGGUGUGUGGCUUUUGGGGUGGUAGAGGUAUACCUUGGAGAAAGUUAAAUAUUAAGUACCCUCAGUGUCAGUCAUUCUCUGAGCAGCAUGACUUUAAGUGUGCCAGCUAAUCAUGCCACUUAGAGCAUAGUCCCUCCAAAUCAUUGGAGUAGUAGACAUCCACUUCCAGUGCUGCAGUAAUGUCCCUGUGUUAACAGAAGAACAGGAUUUCUGGUUGUCCCUUAGUGGUUUUCCUAUACCCAAACAUGCAUCAUUUGAAACCAAGAUCAGCAUAAGGCCACAAAUUAAGUCUAAAAUAUAAGACAUCUUCACUGAUGUAAUAAAGCCUAUCAUAUUAAUACAUUGUAAUCCAGCCUAUUAACAUACUAGAGAAGUAAUAUCUUAUAGCGUAGCAGUAUCUCACAGCUCCCAAUUUAGAAACGCUGUCCUAUCACAGAAAGCACAAAAUGCAAGUGCAGAGAGCUGGGGAGAGGUUUUUGAUGAAAGUAGUAUGGCUUGCACCUUGCCACAAGUGAUGUGCAGAUUUAGGUUUGUUGCAUCUGUGGAAGGUUGAAAAGCAGCAGAAAUGCUUCAGUUGCAGCUGUGCAUGAAAGCCCAGAAGAAGGAAAUGUCGUAUUGUAGAAUCUCAGCAGUUUUUUUCCAUCUGGUGGAGCAGAACUCUAUAAUUUUUGGGGGAAGGGGCUGCUUGAUAGGGGGCAGAAUUACUAGAGUGUAACUAAGAAUAGGCAGUGCGUGGUUGGCAAUGGAUGGUUACCCAAGCUCCUGAAAGUCCUAGGAGUUCUUGCCAUAUACUGUAUCUUGCAGGUGCUGUUCCUCAGUCUUUGACUUGGCUGUUGGAAAGCAGUGGAGACACCUGGCACCACCUGCACUUUUUAAAUUUCUGGCCUUAAACUUACCUGUAUAGUUAGAUUCACAGAUCACUUAGAUCAGCAUAUGCUGUGCAAGAGAAAGUUCAGCAUAUUAUGCAGUCUCUCCUAUUUUUAUGUCCCAACACGUAACAAAAUACAGACUGAACCCAUGGCAUUGUAAAUAUUCAUGCGCAGAGAGAGGGGGAGAGAAGCAGCCCGAGAAAGCAGCUUGGGAUGUGCAGGGGAAUUGCCCAUUGCACUGGUUAUUAAAAUAAGCCUCUGGAUGAUAUCCACAAGGCUCUUGGGGUGUUAAAAUGAAGUUGUAUGUUGACCAGAGGGUUCAAUGAAUUGUGUCCCCUUCCCUUUUUGCAGUGCAACUGUAAGCAGUUGAUAUUCUUCACUGCAGUCCUUGUUGGGCUGAGAAGCUGAUUAGGGUGUGGGGGGGGGGAAGCUUCAACCAAGUGAAGUAACAUGCCUUAUAUGAAUACAGUGGCUUAGAUCCAAAGGCAUUCUUGUGCAAGUGGAAAGCCCUUGACCACAAUUUCUGCUGAUUUCUCUCCUCCUCCUCCUCCAGACCCUGUACCACAUCACUUGCCAUGCUAGAAGGUCCCUUGACCCUCAGGAGUAUAAUUUGGAGGCUUUAGUGAAGAGGAAUGGUGGGAAAGCCCAUAUCUUUGGAUGCAAGCUGAUAAUUAAAAGUCUUGUAACUUACAAUCUGGGAAUCAUCUUAAAUUAUGUGUCCUAGAUUUCCUGCAGAUAUCCCUUGGGUCUCUUGUAGUAGCUUGUGUGUAUGUGUGUGCAUGCAUGCUCUUCCUAAUUUUAAUACCCAGCUGCCAUGUAGAAACAAACACAAGCCUUUGUUUCCAUCAUUAUGCAACACUAACUUUCAGUUUGCGCUAUUACCACUUGCAGUGGAGGAAAGGAAUUUUGGGUACAGAUGUUAAAUUGUAACCAACAAGUUCAUUGUAUAACAAGGCAGUAUAUUGAUUUCUUAAAAUUGCUGAGCCAAGUAUGGCAAUACUGGAAGUGACAUACAGGAAAAUCAAUAUGUUCGCUUUGAUUUAGUCAAUGCCGCCAAAUUAGAAGAAAUACAAACCAAAGUUAAAAUGGUUGCUUCUCAGUCUUCGGAAUGGUAUAGUAAAAAGAUUUGGAGAAAUUCUUUGCCUAUCUGGAACUUUGAAUGCUUAACUUUAACAACCUAUAGGCUUUCACAUCAGUUGCAAUCUGAGUUUUAAAGAAAGUUUAGAAAGUAUUUGCUUUCAAUCAUCGGAGGGCAAGUGGUGAAUUUGUAUUGCCUUUAAAGCAGAGGUGACUAAUCUGUUGCCCUCCAAGAUGAUGUUGGGACUCUUAACUCCCAACAGCCUCGGCCAUUGUGGCCAGCUGUCAGAAAUGAUGAGCGUUGUAAUUCAGCAACAUGCGGAGGGGAACAGGUUAGCCGCCCCUGCCUCAAACCAAAUGUUCUGGCCUAUGAGAGAUUUGAAGACCACUAUGUUAACGCUUUGGAAAUGGCUCUUUGGAAACAAUGUUAAUAGUAUGGAAAUGAAGAGACCUUGACGGACAUUAUUUGGUGGAAUUACUUGAUAUUUAACACAUUUUAAAAUAUUUACUUUUUGCCUAAAUUUCUUGAAUUUCAUAUAGUAGCACUUUAUCUAAUGCUUUACUACUGACAGAAGUUUUGGAGAAAAUAAAAUUUGCUACCAGGUUGGAGAGAGAGAUACUUAAUUCUUUCCUGUGCAGAGUUGAUUGGGAUUGUUCCUCAUGUGAAUUGUUUUAUCAGUGCGCUAUGCUUCUGACAUGUUUUCAUCUGUUUUAAAAUGCAUUCUAGUAAGCUAAACACUGUGUACACUACCACACAGCAUACGGACCUUAAAUAUCAAGGCCUGAGUACCAUUCUGUAGUUCUCGUACAGCAUCCUGUUUUGUGGUAUUAUAGCAGUGCAAUUGUUGAUAAACAUAUUUCUGGUUUAGGUUUUAAAACCUUAAGCAUCAUAAUAAUGAUACUAAAAGUAACCCCCACAAUGUAGCUGCUUACAAGUUCUGAUUGUUUUUUCUCGGUGGAUUUCAUUUAAUUUAGUAGUUUACUGUGCCUAGAGUCUCCUGGGUUGGGCAGAGAGUUUUUCCAUGUGCUGCUUUUUGGCUCCAUCCUUGUUGCUUCCAGACUUUAAAGACCUUUGGGAGUAACCUGUGAGGGAGAAUAGGGAGUUGUGGUUAGGGGGAACAUCAGUGCAUACUUGGAAGUACUUCUGUGAAUCCAGGGAGCUCUCUGAAUCCUGGCUUAUAUAUUUAUAGCUGCUUAGCAUUACUAAUAUUUGCAUAAAACUCUGGAAACCGGGGGUGGGGGUGGGUAUUUAAGUUGUAAAUUAUAAAGAAUAGAUAAUGCACAAAAAUAGUUUUUAAAGGGAAAAAGUUGCAAUUCCUUAUACACAAAGGCUAUAAUAUGGUUGGAGCAGUUAAAACAAUUGGCACUAAGUUCCUUUGUAUUCCUCUAUAGGAGUAUGUCCACAAACUUCCCGGUGCAAUUUGAAGGGGCUGGGCUUCAAAUUUAACAUGAAUUUAUAUGGCUCUGGUCGUCAUAGCAAAUACUAAAAAAAAAGAAAAAGUGAUUUGUCUAGUUUCCCCACCCCCCUUUCCUGUCACAGGUGCUAUAGUAUAUGUGUAAAUGUAAACCUAAUACUGUGUCUCGAUCAUAAUCCACAAUCCUUUUGGGUGCCCAAAUUUAUUUAUUUUUGUUGCUAGUGGUAAUGAAUUUGCAUUCUCCCCUCCCCCCUGGUGACAUUGCAUUGUCCAAUUCAGUUGGGUGUUGCGCUGCCCAGUGAGCUGGCUUUGAGCAUCUCAGUAGGUCAUCUCUAAUACAAUUGUGCAUCUUCUGUUUACUACACAAGUUUAUCUGAUAUAGAUUUGUCUUUUGAAUUUAUGUGUUUAUUUUAUUUUUAAGGGGGGGGAAACACUAUUUAGCUAAGAACCUCUAUGCUAAGCAGCAGGAAAUGUGCUCCGUUGAAAAUGACAUGCACUUGAAUUUGGUCAACACUGGACAAUGAAAAGAAUUCAGCAUUCAUCACUGCAGCUACUGUAUGCUUUAAAAGGGCCUUAUGUAUCUUGCCUGCAUUGGGGUAAAAUGAGAGUUCUUGCCAUUAAUAAAGUACACUAAUGUUUUACAUACUAUACCAGCAGCUCCCCAGAAAUAAGAGAAAUAUAACAUUUAACAAAUCUUGUUUUUAGUCUUAAGAGCAACUUCAUUAUGUGAAAUAUAUGCUGUUAUACAUAUUUUGUGGAUAUAUUUAAUUUUGAUUGACAAAUAGUUGUCUAGGUACAAACUUGAAGAAAAAAACAUAGUUUACUUGUGGAUCUUAAUUGUUUAAUUGCAAAAUAAAGAUGUGCUUUAGUAAUUUAAA